AUGCACCUUCUGUACAUUUCGCGGUCGCGACAGCUCCUUCAUCAUUGCUAUCUGUUGUUGGACGAGAUCAUAGCUGAGCCAAUGUACUCUGGACUCCACACCACCGCUUCAGCGCCCUCGAUGCGCGCCGUCGAGCCGUUUUCCAUCAUGUCCACACCGCUCGUCAACGACGACCCCGGCAAUGUCAAGGUCGUGGUGCGAUGCCGAGCGUUUGUGCCCAGAGAAAAGGAAAAGGGAACUCGAUGUCUUAUUCGAAUGGACCCAGCGACCCAGAAGACGACGCUGUAUGCACCCGAUGAAGAGGACGGCAACUCGCGGCGAGUCUAUGAAGACAAAGAGUUUACCUUUGACAAGUCAUACUGGUCGCACGACGAGUCUGACCCGCACUACGCCCACCAAGAAGACGUCUACCGGUCGUUUGGCGAGGAGUUUUUGGAUCACAACUUUGCAGGAUACCACACAUGUAUCUUUGCAUAUGGCCAGACGGGCUCAGGCAAGAGUUACACCAUGAUGGGCACUCCAGACAAUCCGGGGUUGAUUCCACGCACGUGCCAAGAGCUGUUCGACCGCAUUGCCCAUGAACCCUCACCCAACACAAAUUACCAUGUUCAGGUCUCGUAUUUUGAGGUUUACAAUGAGCACGUUCGGGAUCUUCUAACCCCAAGAACCGUUCCGCCAAUCUACCUCAAGAUCCGCGAGAGUCAAAAGGACGGCGUGUAUGUACAAGGUCUGACGGAGGCUGAAGUCCGGAGCUACGCCGACGUCGAGCGCUUAAUGAAGAUCGGUGACAUGAGCCGAACAACAGCGUCCACCAAGAUGAACGACACCUCGUCACGCUCUCACGCCGUCUUCACAAUCCGCCUCAAGCAAAUCACGCACUCACUGCUCUCUGACGAGACUGUCGAACGUACAGCACGCAUGCGCCUUGUCGAUCUUGCGGGCUCUGAGCGGGCGAAGUCAACAGAAGCCACAGGCCAGCGACUAAAGGAAGGAGGACAGAUCAACAAGUCCCUCACAACACUGGGCCGAGUCAUCGCUGCCCUUGCAGAUCCUCGACGGCAGACAAAAGGCCGGCGACCACGAGAGGUUGUGCCAUACCGUGAUUCGGUCCUAACAUGGCUUCUCAAGGAUUCGCUCGGUGGUAACAGUAAGACGGCCAUGGUUGCCUGUAUUGCACCUGCCGACUACGAAGAGACAUUAUCAACGCUGCGCUACGCAGACCAAGCGAAGCGAAUCCGCACCCGCGCCUCGGUCAACCAGGAUUGCAUGUCUGCUGCCCAGCGAGAUGCGGAGCUUCAGGAGAUGGCCGAGCAGAUCCGCAGUCUGCAAGUCAGCGUUAACGCAGCCAGCCAACGUAAGCGUGAAGAAGCGACUGAGCUGGAGGAGUAUCAGAGACAAGUCGCUUUGAUGCAGCGACUGAUGGAAGAGAACCGUCAAGUCUCCGCUGCAAAGAUUAAGGCUUUGAGUUCCGAGGUUGAAGAACUUCGUCCGCUCAAUGCUGCACUCCGCGCUGAGAUCGAUUCGCUGCGCCGCCAUCUUGCGCUUGCAGUAGGAGAGCUCAAGAACCCCAUCGUGCUACCGCCGCCUCGAUCCCUUGGUACGCCUGAUUUUGAGCAAGGCGAUUGGCUAGGUGACGGGGAUGGUAAAGAAGACAUGCCCGUUCCCAUUGAUGAUGAGAUCAGCGAUGAUGACUCGGAUUCAGGUUAUGAUGAGGGCGAUCAUGACGAACUGGCACAGGAGUUGCAGAACGAAGCGCAGGACUUCUUGAAGGACCUCGGCAUGUUUCGCAAGAAGGUCGGAAGUGACGUUGAACGAUUUGGCGUACGGGAGGCACUAGCUCAAAUGAUGGCCGGUCAUUGA